UUAAAAGUAUAUCGGAUAUGGUAAAGUGAUCACAACAUUUAUGAAUGUAAAAAAAAAAAAAAAAAAAAAAAAAAAAGAGCUGGCUCUAUUGCUAAUAAUUUAUAACAAGCAACUACUCCUAUAACCCAAAGCAAGUUAAAUGCUAAUUUCAAACCAUUAUUUGACUUUUACUGAUCGUGAGACGGAUAUUUAAUAUUCAUUUGGAGUGCAGUGUACUGUAACGAUCAUGUCCUCAUCAACUUCAAACACAUCUCACCACCAGCAGCAAAGAAUGAGACGCAGCAAUGCAGGUUCUCCCACCUCAACCGGCAACAGCGGCACCAACAACAGCAGCAGCAACCGCCUGCUGCAGCCCAUCCGCGCCACCGUGCCCUACCAGCUUCUUCGUGGCAACCACCAGAGCCCUACCCGUUCUCCUUCUUCAUUUUCAGUGGGGAGCAACACAGGACUGACAUCCUCUCGGUGCUCUAGCCCACCCAGCCCGACACAGCUCAUUACAAACCCGGGGGGCUGCAGCUCCGUGGAAGGAAGACGGAUUGGGAGGCAGAGACGAUCUCCAGACAGCAGGAGCUCACCUGAGCGAAGAAGCCCGAGCUCGCCUGUAUACAGAGUUGAGAGAUCCAAAUCCCAACAAAUAAGAUCCUCGCACAGCAUCAGACGGACCUCCUCCCUGGACACAAUAACAGGACCUUACCUCACUGGACAGUGGCCUCGUGACCCUCAAGUGUACUACCCCUCAUGCAUGAAAGAUAAAGCGACUCAGACCCCAAACUGCUGGACUGAAGAGGCAGCAGAGAAGAGAAGCACACAUCAACGUUCUGCCUCCUGGGGCAGUGCUGAUCAGCUAAAAGAGCAGAUUGCAAAACUAAGGCAGCAGCUCCAGCGCAGCAAGCACAGCAGUCGGCACAGCAAAGAGAAGGAACGUCAUUCUCCUCUCCAUGGCAACCACACCACAGUCAUCCAGACUCAGGCAUCUGUGUCAAGAUCAGUCCAAAUGCCAUUAUCAAACAUUCCAGUGCCAAAGUCCACAAUUUCCAGAGUACCAAGCAGCAUGGAAGGAAUAAAUCACGAGUUAGAGAAAGUGUUUAUUAAAGACAAUGAAGAGAAGGAAGAAUUGAAGUCCCUGGAGGUCCCCGAUGGCCGGCGAGCUCCGUUCCCUCCUCACUAUCGCAGCAGCAGUACCCGCAGCAUCGACACACAGACGCCCUCUGUCCAAGAGAGGAGCAGCAGCAGCUGCAGCAGCCAUUCACCAGGCGUCUCCCCCUUCUGCCUUCCUGGAUCUCAGGAUGGAAGCCCCUGCUCAGCAGAGGACCUUCUGUAUGACAGAGAUAAAGACAGUGGAAGUAGUUCACCUUUGCCUAAGUUUGCCUCCUCUCCCAAACCCAACAACAGCUACAUGUUCAAACGAGAGCCCCCAGAGGGAUGUGAGCGAGUCAAGGUGUUUGAAGAAAUUUCGUCUCGUCAAUUAAGCUCGGUCCCUCUGUUUUCUUGUCCCGACAAAAACAAGGUAAAUUUUAUCCCGACCGGCUCUGCUUUCUGUCCUGUGAAACUACCUGGAUCCUUCAUCCUGUCAUCUUCUCACCUGAUGCUCAUGAACUCUCCUGGCCCGGUUCCUGUUCUAAAUGUUGGUCAAAGCACAGCCUCAAGCAGCCCAGUCACUGCUGAGCAGCUCUCCUCUCAGGUCUCAGUUGACACCAGCACAGUAGACUCUGCUGAGGCCUCAGCACAGCUGCCAUACCAAGAGGCACCACCAGAGGAGCUCUUCUUGCCUCAGAACUAGGUGGUCAUUUAGUCUCUGGUACAGCAGCCUCUGCCUAGUGAAGGGGCCUAAUCUUGCUGUAUUAAACACCUGCAUGGAGUAGCAACAAUGUACAGAACAAAAACUUGUAGUGUUCUAAAUAGCAUAUCUUUAAACAAUGUUCUUGGCAGGGAUAGAAUUCAUCUCUUUUAAAUAACUGUAAGAAAGCAGUAAUGCUUGCAACAUAAAAAAGGAAAAACGUAACAUGCUUCAUUAAGUGUUUUUAGUGGGGGACUAUGCAUUCACAGCUUGUUUAAUCAUAGUAGUAUUCUGUCCUGUGUUCUGUUCAACAUCUACAGUACAAAUAAGCUCUAUAUCAAUACAUAAAAAAGCCUGUCUAAACUGAAACUGUAUUGCUGUCAGGUAUGUUACGGAAAAUGCUGUAUUUUGUCUAGAUUAUGUUUACAAUCGAUCCAGGUUAUGUUUCUAAAAUUCUUUAAUACAUACAAUGCAAAAAAAAUCAAUAAUAAAUAGCCACAAUAGUUGCACAGUGCCCAUAUAUUGGCUUAGCUUCAGGUACUUCUAUCAAAAGUCUAAACUCAGGUAAUUUGGAAUGUAUCCACGUAUACUGAAUCCGUGGAAGUUAACAAUAAGCAUCACUCUCUUGCCUUUCCUUUUUUGUACAUCUUUCCAAAUUACAUUCCAUGCUCUUGGAAAAAGUGCAUCCUAGUCCAGGGAAGGCUUCCUGGACUUGCCUAAGUUUAUCACAACCAGCAGAAAUGUGAUGUCUGACAUCACACUUGUGAUUUAAACAAAACAAAAUGUGUGGCAGUUCAGAAGAUUCAGGUGUUUCUCAUUGUACUACUGUUAAGCUCUUCAAAAUAAAUAAAAAAAGUGUUCAGUAGUAGGAUGUACAAGAUAAACAUUCCACAAUAAACAAAUAUCUAAGUACACAUAACAAAAGAACAUAUCAGGUUAUAGCAUCUGAUCUGUCCUGUUUGUCAGCCUAAUUAGCUUAUUAAGGAUGUGAAGUGCUGCUUUUCUUUAACUGGAUUAAUAUUUAGUUUCUCACUUUAACCUCUAAAUUCAUAUCAGCAUGUUUGAAAUGUGUACAACUGAGUCAGUCUGUAGAGAAUUAGAGAACGUGUAUAUAUGUUGGCCUUGUAAUUUAUGCUAUUUCUAAUUUACACUAAAUGAGAUGGCACCAAAACAAUCCAGAAAAGGUUAUGACCUGUUUAAUGGAAUAUGUUAAGAUGGGUUAGAUGCUUUGUUACCAUGUCAUGUACAACAAGUGUUUAACUUUUUUCUUUGUAUUUCUUGAAAUGUUUAAAAGCUAUUGUUCUGAAGACACUGAAGCAGGUUUUUUUUUUUAAAUCUGUUCUUGCAACAAAUAACACAAAUGGAAUUAAAUCACACAUAUUUUAAAAGUUCAAAUACUAUUAUUACCCUGGAGUUAAAAACACAGUAAAUAUAAAUCUCUGUUAAGCUAUGAUUGUGUGCAAUAAAGUCAACACAGGUCUGAAUUGGAAAAUAACAACUUGAAAUGUUACACGAAAUGCUACAUUACUGUCUUACAUUUACAGAAUAGCAGAGGAACUAAAUAUUAAUUGUAUACAAGAUUGUUGCAAAUCUGCUCAUAUCUUUCUAAAGUUAUUAACCAAACUGGUAAAAAAAAAAAAAAAAGGCUAAGUUUGUCCUGUAAAAGAGGAAAUUAAAACAUUUCAGGUGUCUCCUACAUCCAGAAAUAGAUUUGUUUGUUGAGAUACAUUGUUUAAAAGCUUGUUUGAAGUCUGUAUAUAGUUUCACUGUAAUAUCAAGCCACUGUGCUAAACAGUAUUUAUGAGUUGCCACACAAUAUUGCUUUAAAUAAUGCAGUGUGUGGCUUUUGUUUUGUAUUUUUCAAGAUAUAUCUCUUGUGUCUUAUUUAAAUAAAGUUAUUAGCAGAACCAAAACCAUACAAAUUGUGAA